CUUCUCAGAAAUCACCUUAAAAACCCAGUGUAUAUUGUCUCCACUCCCUCAAGACGCCCAAAAUCUCACCACUCACAAACUCUGCGGGGGGUGCAAACCGCAAUUUUCCGACCCAAAAAGAUUUCUAGAAACAAAUCUUGGUCCUAAUUCCAUCGCCGCCUCGGUUCCGCGGAGACCAAAAGCAGAAACCAGGAUAGAUAGAAAGAACGAAGAAGAGCCAGUCCCUUUUCCGUAAAUAACCCAAAAUCCGAGGCCAGCUCAUGGGAUCCUUCAACGGCCACGUGCUCCCGGGGAGCCUUUUCUUGAUCGUCGGGCUAUGGCACAUCUGGAGCUCGGCGAAGCGGUACGUGUCGGAUCCGGGUUCUUUCCGGGUUCGGGUGUGGAACCCAGUCGGAUCGGGUCGGCUUAAAUACCUGGAACUUUAUGUCAUAACGGCCGGAGCUUUUGUGGAUAUGUGUAUCGAGUUGUUGUAUUCGACCCAUUUGAAGUGGUUCGUGGGGGAAGAUGGAGUGCUGAAUCCGAGCCAUAUGAAUGAUUUCGAGCAUGGAGGGAUGCUGCUCAUGUUUUUCCUCUUUGGAGUCGUCGCUCUUUUAUCGGAAAAAACCAGGUAUGUCCCAUUGCCCGAAGGAGCACUUUGCCUAAUAGCAUCAGCUGCCUUCAGUGCAGAAUACCUACUAUUCUAUUUCCACUCCACUACCCACAAAGGACUCGAAGGCUAUUACCACCUCCUCCUCGUCAUACUCGUCGGCCUUUGUGUUGCCUCCACAAUAUCCGGUGCCCUCUUUGCCCACAGUUUCCAUGUAGAUCUCUUCAGUGGAAUCGCUAUAACUCUUCAGGGUCUCUGGUUCUAUCAGACGGCGUUCACUCUCUAUGGACCUAUGAUGCCGAGGGGAUGUCAUCUUGAUGAGCUGAACAAUGAUGUUGUUUGCAAGUUGCGUGAUAGUCAGGUGAGGGGGGAGAUUAUUGCGAAUUGUCAGUUGUUUUUGCUCGUGUUUCUUGUGUUGGUAUUUGUUGUUGGUGCAUAUGCUACGGCCGCCAGGUUGUACGGGCAUCCGGAGUUGAAGAGUUGGCAUGAUGCUGCUCAGAGAGAAGAGAAUGGUGAAUAUGAAGGGGAGAAUCAAGAAGCUCUUGCAUUCUGACAGGAUAAGCAGUUGAUGUGUUCCUCUAUGCUUUGGAUCAAGUUGCAAAUUUGUUGAUGAUUUUGAACAGAAGAUCACAAGGGCACCAUCCGCAACUUUGUUCAGAAUACAAUUGGUUCUGCUACGGGAGAGGGAGACGUCGUCAGUGAAGACUUAUUAAUUUUAGAUUGAGCUGUUUUACUCGACUCAUACAGUCAUACGGCACUAAUUUGAACAUUUUAGAAGAGAUUUUUUUUAAGGGGCUGUUCGUUUGGCAAAAAAAAACUGGAAAUCAAAAAAUA